ACCCCGAAGCAGCCUGACAAGCCGCAUGGCUGCGGGCUCUGCGGAGUCUCAGCGGCCCAAGGCGGCCUCCGAGCGGCCCGUGGCGGGUCAGGCCGGGGUUCUGCCUUGCCUGGAGCUGCCGAGCUACGCCGCGGCGUGUGCGCUGGUGAGCAGCCGCUAUUCCUGCUUGGUGGCCGCCCCGCAUCGCAGGCACAUCGCCCUGUCGCCCCGCUACCUGAGCAGGAAGCGCACGGGCAUCCGCGAGCAGCUGGACGCCGAGCUCCUGCGCUACUCCGAGAGCCUUUUAGGUGUCCCUAUUGCAUAUGAUAACAUCAGAGUUGUGGGUGAACUGGGAGAUAUUUAUGAUGACCAAGGACACAUUCAUCUUAACAUUGAAGCAGAUUUUGUUAUUUUCUGCCCUGAACCAGGGCAAAAGUUAAUGGGUACAGUUAAUAAAGUAUCUUCUACCCAUAUUGGCUGUUUAGUACAUGGAUGUUUUAAUGCCUCUAUCCCUAAACCUGAGCAGAUGUCAUAUGAGGAGUGGCAAACAUUGGAGAUAAAUGUAGGGGAUGAGCUGGAAUUUGAUGUAUUUCGCUUAGAUUCAGAUUCUGCUGGAGUAUUCUGCAUUCGAGGAAAACUAAAUACCACAAGUUUGCAGCUUAAGAACUCUGUAGUUUCUGAAGAUGUAGCAGAAACUGUCAUUGAAGAGGUUGUUGAAAAAACUUCAAAGAGGAAAAAGAAGAAAAACAAAGACACAGAAACAUGUGCAACAGUCGAUAGUGUUACAGAGGUUGCAGAUAUUACAGAUCUCACUCCAAAGGAAGACACAGACCUACCAUGUAGUGAUAAUGUGAAUGACUUCUGUGAGGAGGAGCCAAAGAAGAAGAAAAAGAAGAAGAAAAGGCACCAGGAAGAUCAGGACCCCAUUUUCCAAGCCAGUGACUCCAGUGGCUACCAAAGUGACCAUAAGAAGAAAAAGAAGAAAAGAAAACACAGUGAAGAGGCUCACUUUGAGUCACCUAAGAAAAGACAGUAAUUGUCUUUCUGUUGUUAACAUACUCAGAUGCACGGAUGAAUAGAUGUUUUGAAUGGUAGGAAAUGCUUAUGGAAAGUUCACAAGCAAGUACUUGAUUAGUAAUUGGGUUUUGUACUGAAAUCAUACAACUGACUAUAAAUGUUGGAUAAUACCAGUAUUAUUAAAGUAUUAUUUUAUUACAGUUCAGUGGAGAAUGUUAACAAAUGCUCUCACUCUUGACUCAUGUUGUUAAUGUUCUACAGAAGAUUUUACAUUCUCAACAUCUGCCAAAGAACUUUAUAGUACUUUCAGUUUUUUUUUCUGAUAAUAAAGUUUGUCUUUAGCCAGAACAUUUUUUUAAAAGCCCAAUAGAUUUACCAGGUUUAAAUUUUUCUUAAACAGUAUUUCUAUUUUAUUUAAAAUGUAUAGCUAAAGAAGAUUAUCUAGAACUCUUAUAUACCCUGUGGCUAUCAAGUGUUGAGUGUGUGCUGGGCAGUAAUCUCAUUGUUCCCUCCCAGAGGGUGUGUGCGCAUGUGUUCUUGAAUUCUGAGACUGUAAUAGGAAGGGCUGUUAAUUAUUACUUUGUGUUUCAAUGGUCUUUAUUUCAUUAUAUAUGGAUCAUGAGCAAGAUAAAGAUGGGAUAAAUGUGGUUCUUGCUAGUUGAAAAUCUCCAGUAAGUUUUUAGUGAUUAGGGGUGGCCUACCAGACUUGCUUUGAUUUUAUUGUAUUGCUUUUAUUGAUACAAAUGUGGGAUGUGUUCUGCCUAACCAGAAGGUGGUAAUGAGGAUAAGCUGGCUGAGGCUCAAAUCAAUCCAAGGCCAGACAUUUACAGACACUUAAUAUCUGCGAUCUAUUUUAUUGAGGCCAGAGGAUAUAAAGUCAAUCAGGGUAGUAUAGUUCCUUCCAUCAUGAAGCAACAUGGGAGAAACACUUGUGUGCACACAGCCUAAGUGAGGAAAUAAAAUAAUAAUUGUAGUAAAUACCAUGAAAAAAAAAAAAAAAAAAAAAAAAACAUUGACCACUCUUUAGUUAGUAUCUGGAAAUAUACAGGGGUAGGGUUGACCUUUCCAUGUCAGUCACUAGUGUUGUCACUGACUGGCAGACAUAGUGUGAGCAUCAGUUUAGUGUUUGAUAAGGAGUAAAUUUUGGCAACCACGUUUCUUGGUAUAUAGAACAUAAGGCAUGGCAGCAAUUUAAUAUGUACAGGUAGAUGUAACUGACAGGAAUGGUACAAACCAGCAUCUUUCACUCAGGAUACUUGAAAUUUUUAGGUGGCUUUCAGGUCUCUUUUUGAACUGUGACUAUUCCAAAUUUACAUGGGUUGUCUGUCAGUAUAAAACAUGAAACUUUUAAAUUAAAGAUGUACAAAAAGAUGUACAAAGAAUACUCUGACACAGUUGUCCUUCCCCCCUCUGACCUCAUCCCUCCUGUUCCUGUACCCACCUACUUUCUUCCCUCCAUCCACCCUUGAUGUCUAUUAGAAAACGGGUUACAGAUCGAAACAGAAUUCUUGGCAGGAGUCUCUAAUGGUAGAGAAGCACUGAAAGAAAUGUUCAACAUCUUUAGUCAUCAGUGAAUUGUAAAUCAAAACAGCUCUGAAAUUCCAUUAUAUACCCAUCAAAAUGGCUAAGGUAAACUCAAGCAACAGCUUAUGCUGACGAGGAUGUAGAUCAAGGGGAACAACACUCCAUUGCUGGUGGGAGUCUAAACUCGUACAAACUUGAAGUAAAUUUGGUAGUUUCUCAGAAAACUGGGACUAGCUAUAGACUAGCUAUAGCUCCAGGGCAUCUACCCCCAAAACUUCUACCAUACCACAAAGACAUUUGCUCAACUGUUCAUAGCUGCUUUAUUCCUAAUAGCCACAAACUGAAAGCAACCCAGAUCCUUCAACUGAAGAAUGCAUAAAGAAGAUACCGUUUAUUUACACAAUGGAAUAGCACUCAGCUAUUAAAAACAAUGACAUCAUGAGGUUUGCUGGCAAAGAGACCAUUCUGAGUGAUGUAACCCAAACCCAGAAAGACAAACAUGGUAUGUACUCACUUGUAAGUGAGUUUUAGUCAUAAAGUAAAGGAUAACUGCUCUAAACUGCAGACCCAAAGAAGUAAGUAGUAUGGAGGGCCCGGGGGGAGAUGCUUGAAUCUCAUUGAGAAGGGAAAUAGACAAUUUAACUUUUUUUGCUUAACAUUUUUGCUAUGAUGAUUUUAGCCUGUUUCCAAUUUAUUUUUUUCUCAGUGCUUAAAUAAGAUCGUAGAUGAGGCUCCAUUACCUUACUUUGGACAAUGCUAUUUAAAUGAAUUUGUAAGUUAAAAGGGGUUGUACAGCUUGUUUUGUCAGGAUUCAAUGUAACAUGCCUAGAAAGUGUUUAAUAAAUCCUUCAUAUUUUAGGAGUUGAAUUUAUAAUUAGUAAUUCUAGCCUUCCAUAAACACCAAGAAAACAUGUCAAAUUUAUCUAUUAAUGAAAAAAUAUUAUAUAUUAGCAGAAUAACUAAUUUUCACAUUUUUAUUUUGCCUCAAAUGAUACUCUUGAGUUUUAAAAGGAUUUGCUUGUUUGAAGUGGUGAUCCCUAGGACUUCCCAUCCUCAUCCUCAUGAGUGAAGGUUUUUUUUUUUAUUUGCACACUUCUUAUAUUGCACAAGGGCCUAAGCAGAUAUAACCUAAUCACAGUAGCCUUUUACAAUCAAAUGUGUCUGCACACUGGCAAAAGAAGAAUUGAGAGAAGUAGAUGUGAGACUUCCCUUACUGUAGAUGGAAGGGAUUCUGGAACCCAAGGGUAAAGAGCUAAGAGCUGUCCCUGCCCAGAAGACAGCAGGAAAUGGUUUUACAUCUGCAGAGAACUGAAACCUGAAAGUGGCAAGAAUGACUCACAAAGCAGAACACCUUGUCUCAGGUUCUUAAGUGAAACAUUAGCUAAAUGUUGAUGUGUGUGGGUAGUAAACCUACCUGUGCCUUCAGACUUGAGAAUGUAGACUUCAUUGUGCUUUGUAUGUUCUUGUAUGUGUAUGCAUGUGGAGCUAGGGGUUAGCAUUGGGGUCUUCAGUCUCUCUUGCUUAGUUUCGAAGAUGGUCUUGCUGAGUCUUGAGCUCAGCUAGGCAGUCUGGCCAAUGAGCCCCAGGUAUCUUCCUGUCUCCAUAUAUCCAGUUGCUGGGAUUAUGGGUAUGUGCCACAGCACCCAGCUUUUCUGUCUGUGAGUACUGGGGAUUAGGGGGUUGGUUAGCUGUUACUGUAGGGGAUAAGCCAUCUCUCCAGCCCUACCUUGUUGGUGUUCAGACAAAACAAAUAUUCUAUAAAGUGAUUGUUUAACUUGUUUUUUACAGUCGCACUAAAUUUUUGUCUAUUGUGGCCAUUCAUAGGAAAUUUUUUUCAUGUUUGCCCCGGUUAAAUAUGACUUUAAAAAAAAAAAAGUCCUAAUUGGUUCUUAUAUUACAAAGCUAAUGAUUUCAUAUGUUAACAUGUCUAUGCCAACAUUUGUGGAUUUUCUAGUUUCAAAUCACUGUUAACUUUAUUUGCCAUAUUUUUUUAUUGUUUAUUUACUAACUCCCAUAAUCCUCUCCCUCCCCUUCUUCAUCCCUGGGCUUUGUAAAUUAAAUACUUUUUAAUUUAGUUUCUAGCAUUACUAAUAGAAAUAUUUGAUCAUAAAAUAUUCCAAUUUUUGUUGUAUAUAUCCUCUUGAGUUUCUACAAGGUAUUCAUUGUUUCAAUUAUCUGUGUAUUACUGAAAUCCUACCUUUGAAGUUCUUUACCCAAGGCUUGUUUUAGAACUGUGCAUUUUACUUUCUGUUAUAUUCAGUUGGAUUUGUUUGUUUUAUGUGUUCUAUACUGAUCUAUAACUCAGAUGAGUCUAGAUUUGCCUUUAAUUAGAGGCCUCCCAAGUGGCUCACAGGCUUGUAGCUUUUAAUUGUCCACUUUUAUUUGUAUCAUGUAUUCUACAAUAGUAAGAUACGAUUUCUACUUUAGAAAUUUAGAAAUUGGUUGUUACCAGGACACAUUCCUUAUUUCAAAAGAAAAAGUCUUUAUAUACUUUCAAAAAUGCCUUUUUAAAAAUACACAAAGCUCUGAUUUAAAAAGCAGAUUUUAGGUCUGAAGAGAUUACAAGAUUGGUGAUAGAUUACAAGAAGGUGAUAGAUUAGCUGGGAGUGAUGUAACAAAAACUUCAUCCUGGAAGGAAACACAGACAGCAAGGCAUUUUAUGGUAGAAAUCUUCUGAACUCCAGAGAAUCAACUGCUGUUGUUACAACCCUUUACAUUCCCCUUCUGUCUAAUUACAGCAAAACUAAUUUUAAACUAUUCAAGCUGAUAAGAACUUGAGAUAUCUGGUCUUACUUCUUAUAAUUUGGUAAAGCACAAGCUAGAAAAGAAAGCAUGACAGGUCAAAGAGGUCUAGACACGCUGUCACCUUCUCAACCCAGUGCUUUCAAAAAGAAGACCCAGAGUUUCAUCUUGGAGAUAACGAAGUAAAGCGAUGAGAUGGAGUAAACAGCAAAUAAGUAGGUUUUGACCUAGAUACUUUUUGAAGAGUCAUAGUGGAUUUUUUCUUAAGGUCUUCUAGAAAUCCAUAUGUCUCAUCUAUUCUAUGAUAACGCCCACUACUCAAGUGAUUUGGAGGGGGAGAAUGCUGUCGAUGAUAUUUUAGACUUUAAAGAUUGCAGUGAUGGUUAGGACUAAAGGGUCACAAUUAUAUUAAGCAAAAAAAAAUUAAAAUGUUUUUGUCAUAAGACUCUUGAAAUGUCUUAAUGAGAAGAUAAAAGGUCUACAUGUGAAUUAAUGUAUUUACUCAAUAAAUGUAUGUA